AUGUCAACAGUGUCGGCGGCAAAGUUGUACGCGCCGCCGCCAUACGACCCCGUCUGGUUAGCAGCCGUGCAGCAAUACGGACCUCUGCCGAAUGUUAGCGACACCAGGUUCUGGGGGUGGGUGUACGAGACCGAUGUCGAGUUCCGACUGUUCACUAGGCGCAAUCCUUACGAAUAUCAAGUGCUAAGAAUCAACGACUCUUCAUCAAUUCAGGACUCCUUCUUCGACUUCAAUAACAAAGUGAAGGUUCUCACUCACGGGUGGCUCAACCAUGGAUACAGUCCUAUGCCAGAAUCUAUCAAAGAAGCUUAUCUAAACGUCAGCGAUAUAAAUAUAAUAGUAGUGGACUGGGGUGUAGCAGCGAACGUGAACUACAUACUGGCUAGUUACAAUGUCGCGAUGGUCGGGCACCUCCUGACAGAGUUCCUGAACUUCCUCAUAGAAGAAGGAGUAUCUAUGGAUGACAUGCAUCUGAUAGGACACAGCCUUGGUGCUCAUGUCGUGGGCAUUGCUGGAGCCUUCGUGAAGAAAGGACCGAUUGAUACUAUUACAGGUCUCGACCCAGCUUAUCCUCUGUUCACCCUGGGAAAUAAAGACGCUCGCCUGGACAAGCACGAUGCACGUCAUGUCGAGGUCAUCCACACUUGUGGGGGUUACCUUGGCUUCAUGUCACCUCUAGGCCAUAUUGACUUCUACCCCAAUGGCGGCUCGAGACAACCUGGAUGCGGAUACGAUAUUCGAGGUUUGUGUGCCCAUAACCGCGCUCACAUGUUCUUCGCUGAGUCGAUAGUGUCGGACGUUCCGUUUACGGCUGUUCGGUGUGAGAGUUACGAUGAAAUAUACUACCAGGGGUCCUGCAAGGGCACUGGGGAGACACUGCUCAUGGGCGGCUUCGACAUACAUUAUGGGAAGGAUGGAAUUUACUACCUCAAGACAAACGCGGCAAGCCCGUACGCCCUAGGGGACCCGGCAUGAAUUACGAUUAAGUAUUAAUUCUUUGCGUUGCCAACUUCGCCUAUAAAUUAUUUUUUCAAGAAAAUUGUUAAGGGGUGCACGUUUUUAUCGAAACUCUCAGGCUAAGUGGGGAAAGGAAUUAUUGAACUUCAUAGUCCUUCGUGAACUUUUUAGAAGUUUUAUGCUAAUUCCUUUUUUUACAGUCCGUUUCAGUUAACUAAUAAACCUAAGUGUAGAUAAUUGUUAUUUAAAGACGCAGUGUGUAAUAUUUUGUUGGUAAUGG